GGAAAUCAGCGCAGCAGCGUUGCAGCCUGGCACAUAAGAAGAACAAAGUCUCGAGAUUCUUUCGUCUUUACGUUAAAGCACGAGCUAAGUCUUGAUUUCCGACGCUACGCAUGGCGGAUUCUUGAACGCGCGAAUGGAUGAUCGACAAGGAAUUUGAGGACAGAGCGAGCGAGUGGGAGAGACGGAGGGAGGGCCAGCGAGUGAGUGGAGGAGAAGCGGAGGAAGCCAGGGACGCGAGAGGGUGCAUGAGUAUGUGAUCGCCUGGGACGUGGAGUGCGGUCAGUGGGAUGCAUUGGAUUGGCGGACGGCGCAGGCGGAGCAGUUGUGAUUUUGAAUAGCAUCCUUUAUUUCUGUUUCGGAGAUUUAUGAUCGGUUCUGUUAAGCUCGAUUAAGAUCUUUUAUCUCGAAGCUCUCUUUUUUCGUUCUACCUCGUUCUACCCUGUACACGGUUGAGUCGCGUGGAACUGAGAGCAUUGACUUUUCACUGCAAUAUGGUCGACGUGAAUGCUCUAGUGUAGAGUCGUUUCUGGCUCAGGACGCUGAAACUUUUAGGCGCUUCAUUGAGAAGUCUUGGUGCCUUGUCGACUCUUUUUCUGGUUAAUCUGUGUGAGUGUGGAAGACUUGUUGGUAUUAGGAGGCGCUGAUGAGCUUUACUCUUUCUGGAUCAUCAAGGGUUUCGAAUGAUCUGCCUGUUUAGAGGCGCGGAAGGCCUUGUAGGAGGCCUGAGGAAACUGCGCUUUUUAUCGUCUUAGCGAAGGGUUUGAAUCAAGGUGUUAUUCUAUGCGGUGUUGAGUCUGGAGUCUUGGCUGCGUACAUUGUGGAGGUAAGCAGCUGAGAUUUAGUUCUAGUCUUCACAAACAUUUUUGCCCGGCAUUUUGUAAGGAAGAGAAUCUGCAGAGACUGUGAAUCGAUAGGGACUUUGUGCACUGAGGAGCAGCAAUUGAUGAGAUUCUGAAUGUGGGAUAGGAUUUUGCCUGCAUUUGGAAGAGGCUUGGGCGCUGAUGUGGCGGCCUCCCACCGAAUGUACGUAAAUUGGCAGCCUCACUUCGUUCCAGGUCAAUGCUGAUUCAAAACAGGGGAAUUUGAUGAUUGCACUUUGUACAAGAAUAAGAGGAAAUUAUAUCUAUUCCUUCAAAGUUGAUCAAAAGCAUAAUGGCUGCUAUGCAAGAGACGUUCUCUACAAUCCGGCCUGGUCCUGGUGGAAGGUUUUGUGCGGAAAAGCCUCGUUCAUGUUGUCUGCCAGGAGGCAGCUUCACUUGCGUCAGUGCAGCUGCGAAUUCUUGCCUUCCUCUUCGUGAGGCGUGUCGGUUGAAUGGGCUGCCCACUGUUCCGCUAAAGCGUAGAAAGAGCAUAAUGCUCACGCGAGCGUCAAGAGCAGAGAACGAAGCGCCUGCUAAUGGUGAAUACCGGGGCGAGCCAAAGAGGACUGCGGUAGUUUGGUUCAAACGUGACUUGCGAAUUGAUGAUCAUCCAGGCCUUGCGACGGCAAGCUCAUAUUCCCACGUCAUUCCGCUCUUUGUGUAUGACCCGGUGCUUCUUUCCGGUAUGUCGGAGGAGUUAAUUAAUGCGCUGCAGGAUGCAAUUCUUGAUCUUCAGCUAUCACUACAAAAACUUGGUUCUAAUCUUGCGAUCAGAACUGGAAGGACUGCAGACGUGCUUCUGGACAUAGCCAAUGAGGUUGGAGCGUUGGAUGUCAUCACGGAGGCAGAAAUCGAGAUGGAUUUGGACAAACUAGUUGGUGUCGUCUCGGCUUCUCUGUCUGUGGAGACUAUCGCAGGGCAAGACAUGACUGUCAAACAGUGGAGAAAUUCUCUUUAUAAUAUCCAGAAUUACGAGGAGCUUCCAGACUGCUACAAGAAGUUUCAAGCGUCCAAGCCUCCUGUGGGUUGCCCUCUGGAGCCCCCUACAUCGUUACCUCCGUUUCCAAGAAAUUUAGAAGCAGGAUGUGGGCCGCCCUCAAAGGAGUUACAAAUUACAUGGACGUCAGCUGCAUCGAAAACCGUAAAUUGGGAAAGUUUCAAAGGCGCUCAAAGAAUAUCUGCAGAGACAGCCCUUGGGGACCAGAGCAAUUCCAGACGCAGUUUGUCCAAUGGUGCAGUAGCGGAAAAUCCAUCCGGUGGAAUGUUCAAAGAGCUGAUUGCUUGGCGAGAAAAGUACAUACUUGCAAGCCCUUAUGAAGCCAUUGAGAAGAAGCGGCGAGAAUUGACCGGUGAAGCUGAGGUUAAUGACCAAGAGGGUUAUGUUGUCAAAGGUGGAGCGACAGGAGCUCUUAACAUCCUGCAGGGAUACUUGCGGUUUCAAGAACCAACUGGAAGAGAUGACUGGCAGGAGGUACACGAGCACGUUAUGAGUCUAGAAACGCGACCGGGUGCUUCAUUUAGAGCGCUUUUCGGGAAUUCGUUAGCGCUUGGUACUCUUUCUUUACGAAGGGUUUAUCAUGAGGCUAUAGAGUACGAAAGGGCAAGAGGUGGUGGGUGGCUGUCUCCUUUUGGUUUUUCAUCAUUCACAGCUGCAGCAGCCAUAAAUGACGCUAAGGCAAUUGAGUGGUAUCAACUUUUGGCACACCAGAGUCGGGAACAAGGAAGGCAGAAAGGUUUUCAGGUCGGAACUUGGCGGUGGAGAGGCUACCUAGUCCAAUAUGCGGUUGUAGGAGAAAUGGGACCUCCCGUGGUCUUUGUACAUGGGUUUGGAGCUUUUUGGGAACAUUUCAGAGACAACAUGAAAGGUGUAGCCGAAGCUGGAAACCGAGUUUGGGGCUUGACAAUGCUUGGUUUUGGAAGAUCUGAGAAACCCAUGAUAACCUACACGGAUUUAGUGUGGGGUGAACUUGUAAGAGAUUUUAUCAUCGAGGUGGUUAAGGAGCCUGUUAUUCUUGGUGGCAAUUCUAUCGGAGGUUAUACCGCCAGUGUGGUAGCUGGACUCUGGCCUUCCCUUGUUCAGUCCCUGGUCCUCUUCAACAGCGCGGGAAGAGUUGUUCCUGAUUACCAAUCUCUCGAGUACCGCAAGCCCAAGGAAAAGUCUUAUGUGGCAUACAUCGGUUCCCGGUUGCUUCUUGCAUACCUACAAAACUUAAGCAAUGGAAUGCUUACCAAGUGCUAUCCUACGAACCCAGGGAGAGCAGACAACUGGCUUCAAAACGAAGUGAUGAGAGCCUCAUACGAUCCAAAUUCAACAGCAGUUCUGGAGGCUAUGUUCCACUUGCGAGCCCCGCUGCCCUUGAACUACUAUCUAGAUCGAUAUGACGGCAACGUUCUGGUUAUCCAGGGUAUGCGAGAUCCUCUGCAUAACUCAUCUCUACGAGCGAGCAUGCUUCAAGCGUAUUGCAAGAAUGUUUCAAUACAAUACGUGAACGCAGGACACUGCCCUCAUGAUGAGGUACCGGAGGAAGUAAACUCGAUUCUUGUCUCUUGGCUGAAAAGCUCUUUCUCUAUACCACAAGCUGAUGCAGCUGAAGAAAGAGAGAUGAACAAAGUGUGGUUGCCGGACUCUCAGGAAGCUGCAGAUCUUGAUGAGGAGCUGGAGCAACAGAGGAACCAAUUAUCCGCUGAUCCUGUGACUCGUCUAAAAGAAGAAAUGGAGGAACUUGUGUAAAAUUACAGGACAUUUGUAUGCUCAUGGUGGAAUGCAGACCAUUAUCACAAAGCUCGCAUAGUUGGUGUUCAGCCGUGCUGCGGUUGACGGAACACAGCGAGUUUACCAAGUUUCGACUGUUGUAACAUAAGUCCAGCGCAAUGUGGCCACCUCGUUCUUGAAGUGCAACUGACAACCAACUCAACAAUCUCAAGAAAUUAUCAACCUGAACUUGGUUGUGAAGCGUUCGUGCCCUAAGGCCCUGUGUAACAUAUAGUUAUACCAACUCACGCCAAGUGACCUGUUGUGUACAAACUUCGGUCAAGAAUAUUUGAUUGUCGAAUUUAGAUAGAGUUUCUCGGGUACGAUUAAUCACCGGAGAACUUUCGAGGUCCAAAGAAUGCUCUUUCUAGGAAGACGUGCGAUUUAUGACAUGUGAGAGGGCAAGUCAAGUCAUUUUUUAGUAUACACAGCACAAGGAGCUCCAUAGAAGAGCUACCCUCUCCAGCUUGUAUCGGCACUUAAUACAACUCUGCUCGACGACAUUUAAACCUGUCAAGUACGGAGAACAAUACAUAUUUACCAAAAAUCUGUAUACUCUCGCUGCCUUCUGUGAGAACAAGACUUACUGUCAGACCUCAGUUUUUUUUAACAGAUUAGCGCCGCGUUCAAGUUGUAAUCUC